GGCAGGAGGUGUGGAGGGGCCCUGGAGGACCCCGAGGGCGGCCAUGAAGAUUUGCAGUGAGGCAGAGAUGGAGGAGCAGAUCCAGGAGCUGAAGACCAUCACCCGGCUCCAGGAGCAAUGUCGGGCGCUGCAGAUCCAGGCGGUGAAGGAGAAGACGGUCAAGAACAAGGCCACGCUGGCUCUCCUGCGCAGCAACAUCCGCCGUGGGUCCCAAGAGUGGGCUUUGGCCAAGAAGUAUGACCAGUGGGCCAUCUCCAGAGCCUGCGGGAAGGACGUGCCCACGAGGCUGGCACACAGUCGCUGCACCAUGGAGGUGGCGCGGGAGAAGCUGCGCAAGUACGUCUUCGACCGCGUGAACGUACACAACGUGCUGAUCCACUCGGUGCGGCGGCGCGGCCAGAAGCUGGAGAGCAUGCAGCUGGAGCUGGCCAGCCUGAAGAGCCAGCCCGAGGCCACCAAGGACGAGCUGCGCAUGCUGCAGGUCAUCCGUCGGUUGGAGAAUAACAUAGAAAAGACGAUGGUCAAGAUCACCACAAGCCAGAACAUCCACCUGCUGUAUGUGGACCUGCUAGACCACCUGAAACAAAAGCUGUCAGGAUACUCCACAGAGCUGGACAAGCUGCAGAAUCUCGUGGUUGACUACUGCUCGGAACUGUCGGAUAUGACAGUCAUGUCUCAAGAUGCCAUGAUGAUUACGGAUGAGGUCAAGACGAACAUGAGGCAAGGGGAGGCCAGCUUCAUCGAGGAGCGCCGGGCGCGGGAGAAACGUCUGAACCAACAGAAGAAGCUGAUUGACAGGAUCCACACCAAGGAGACCAGCGAGAAGUACCGCUGGGGCCGGCGGGACUUGGACUUUGCCAACCUGAUGGGCCCAGAAACCCUGAAAGCGAGGAGAAGAGAGACCUCCAAGGCUGACGUCGAAUACCAGACGGACCUGACUGCUUUGGUGGAGAAAGUCAAGACUGCUGUGCGGUGCUCUCACCUCUGGGACAUCGCCGGCCGGUUCCUGGCUCAGAGGAACACAGAGGAGAACCUGGAGCUGCAGAUGGAGGACUGUGAGGAGAGGCGGGCACAGCUGGAGGCCCUGAUGAAGAAGCUGGAGAUUGAGCAGGCGAUGCUCAAGUUCCACCAGACACCCACCUCCUUCAGCUUCCAGUCUGUUGAGAAGAAGAUAAAGGACAUGCUGAAGGAGGAGGAAGGCCGGCUGCAGCUGGCCCACGCCAACGUGACCAAGAGCCAGGCGUUGCUGCUGAUCAUCCAGACAGGGAUCGACAACCUCUACGUCCGCCUGAUCGGCGUGCCCCCGCCCCCGGGCCAGAAAGAAGCGCUGCCCUCCGCCACCCUGGAUAUGUACAGCAAGCUGGCGUACUGUGAGGGGAAGCUGCUGUACCUGGCUGACCGAGUGCAGAUGCUGUCCAGGACGGAGGAGGUCAACACAAAGGUGAAGGAUGCCCUGGAGUCCUCGACUUUGAAGGAGAAGCAGAACACCAGGAUCAGCUUUGAGGACACGGAGGAGGAUGUCAUAGAGACCUUCCAGUUCGCCGACGUGGACCACAGCUACGUGCCCUCGCGGGCUGAGAUCAAGAAGCAGGGCCAGCGACUGAUCGAGGGGAAGCUCAAGGUGGCCAAGAAGAAGAAGUGACCGGAAGAGGAGGAACCCGCCCCGCCCCCACACCCCGCCCCCUGCUGUCGUUGGUUACACAAAUAAACAUUUUUCCAGGA